AACACUUACUCACAAGAAACCAAACAACACACACACGUCUCUAAUCUCUCUCAUUCUCUCUGUCGAGACCUCAAAUUCAUGAUGGGAUACCAAACUAAUCCUAACUUCUCCAUGUUUUUUUCUUCGGAAAAUGACGACCAAAACCAUCAAAAUUAUGAUCCUUAUAAUAACCUCUCUUCUUCAACAUCUGUUGAUUGCACUCUCUCUCUUGGAACACCCUCCACGCGGCUUGAUGACCACCGUAGAUUUUCUUCUGCUAGUUCUAACAUCUCCGGAGACUUCUUCUUUCACGGAGGAAAUGCUAAAACGACGUCGUAUAAGAAGAGCAAUGGUGAUCACAACCUACCUCGCCGUUGUGCUAGCUGCGACACCACUUCUACUCCUCUUUGGAGAAACGGACCUAAAGGACCUAAGUCGUUAUGUAAUGCGUGUGGAAUCCGAUUCAAGAAAGAAGAGAGGCGUGCAUCCGCCAGAAACUCAAUAAUCUCCGGUGGUGGUUCAUCGGCGGCAGAAAUUCCGGCAGAGAAUCUGUACCGUGGAGGUGGAAACUAUUACAGUCAUCAUCAUCACUACGCUUCUUCGUCACCGUCGUGGGCUCAUCAGAAUACACAGAGAGUUCCUUAUUUCUCGCCGGCGCCGGAGAUGGAAUAUGACGUCACGGCUGCAUCGUAUCUGUCUUGGAACUGACGUCACGUAGCGAGACACCGACUUCGAUCGCCUUCUCCACCAUUUUGACGAGAUGAAGAAGAAACGUUAAUCAUGGAUGAUGAUUAAACGGUCUUAUCAUAGAUUCUCACCAAAGUAAAUCAGUCUUGGUCAAAUUCAUUAUAGUUUCUUUUUAUUUAUUUCUUCUUAUACCUCGACUCUAUCUACUUGUGUUUUCUUUUCAUGACUUUUUGAAAGUUAUAUAAUAUAUACGUACUGUUUUAUAAAA